CCAAACAUUACCUGAUUAUCACAAUCACAUGGGAUGAGCUAAUUCUUCAUCAAAUUGCAGUGUCCAGAUGCGCAAAGCUGACUGAGACUCAUUCACACAGGCUCAAUGCAGUAAUCACAGCCAAGCGUGAUUCUACUUAAUACUGCCAUAAAGGGGCGCUCCUGGAGACGCAACCUGGCGACAUGUCCGACUACGACGCCGAAACCGCCUUCCUGGGCGAAUGGGGACGUUUCCAGCAGCAGGUGUUUUACCUGCUCUGUCUGACCGCCUUCCCGAACGGGUUCACCGCACUGUCCAUCGUGUUCGUCGCCGGCACGCCGACGCACCGCUGCCUCAUCCCCGCGCACCUCAACCUCAGCGCCGCAUGGAGGAACAGCAGCAUCCCGCUGGAGGAGGACCAAAUCCCUGGAGCUCUGGUCCCCAGCAAAUGCAGCAGAUACAAAGUUGAUGCGAUGCUCGGUUACUCGGACAUAGGCUUGCUGCCCGGCGUGGAUGUCAAUCUGUCUCAUGUGCCCAGAGAAGGCUGCGUGGACGGAUGGGAGUACGACCGGAGCAACUACAUCUCCACCAUUGUAACCGAGUGGGACCUGGUGUGUGAUGACAGCUGGAAGAAACCAUUGACUUCCUCCGUCUACUUCAUUGGAUUUCUCACCGGUUCCUUCAUCACAGGACAGCUCUCUGACAGAUAUGGGAGAAAAAUAGUGUUGUUUUUGACCUUGGCGAUCCAGGCAGUCUUCUCAUUCAGCCAGGCCUUCGCACCGUCCUGGACAGUGUUCUGCACUCUGUUCUUUGUCGUCGGUUUGGCACAGAUUUCCUACUAUGUGUCUGCAUUUGUCUUAGGAAUGGAGCUAUUGAAUCCACGUAUGCGCACUGUUUUCUCCACUGUCGGUAUGUGCAUGUUCUUCGGUCUGGGCUACAUGCUUCUGCCGCUGCUGGGUUUCUUCAUCAGAGACUGGAGGAAGCUGAUGUUAAGCCUCUCCCUGUUUGGGCUGCUCUUUGUGCCUGUCUGGUGGCUCAUCCCAGAGUCUCCUCGCUGGCUGCUCUCUAGGGGAAGAGUAAGAGAUGCUGAAGCCAUAAUCAGAGCUGCUGCUAAGAAGAACAAGAUCGAGGCUCCACCGGUCAUCUUUCGUCCUUUGCAGAAAGAACUUGCCUCUGAGAAGACGAAGGCCCACAACAUCUGUGACCUGCUCCGUUCCCCAAACAUCCGCUGGAUCUCCAUCACGCUGUGGCUGGUCUGGAACACUGUGACCAUUGCCUACUUUGCUCUUUCCCUGAACACGUCAAACCUCCAUGGAAACGUGUACUUCAACUGCUUCCUGUCAGCCCUGGUGGAGAUGCCGGCCUACACUGCGUCAUGGAUUAUGUUUCGCUGGUAUUCCCGGCGACUGUGUCUCUUCUCAACUCUCUUCACGGGGGGAUUGUUUCUACUCCUCAUACAGCUCAUACCAGCACAUCUGAUUUACUUUGCCAUAACGCUCGAGAUGAUUGGGAAGUUUGCAAUAACGACGGCAUUUGCAAUCAUGUACGCCUACACAGCAGAAGUCUAUCCGACUGUACUGAGGAAUACAGCUGUAGGCACCUGUUCCAUGGUCUCCAGAAUCGGCAGCAUCACUGCUCCGUUCUUCAUUUACUUAAGAAGCUAUUCCGUUUCACUGCCUUACAUCCUCAUGGGAAGCCUUACAGUUCUGUCAGGGUUGCUGAGUCUCCUGCUGCCGGAGAGCUAUGGAAUGCCUUUGCCUGACACCAUCGCUCAAAUGCAGCACUUCCCCGGAUGUUGUCGGAGGACACCUUACACACUCUCUAACACUGAAGAAGAGGAAAAGGCGGCUGAAUGAAGACUCAGCACAAAAAGUACAGUGGUCAAAACUGACUUGAAGUAAAUAACUGGACAGAGUCUCUGUGUCAAGUGAACACAUCACAGGAAAAUGAUUGCUAUGUUGUCACUGGAAAUGUGAAAUUAUGUGACCUCAAUAGGACCAAGGAGCUUUUUAAAUGCAAUACCUCCUCAUAAGAGUAAUAUUUUCUCUGCCAGAGCAUCAGAAUACAAUAAAAAAAAAAGAGUAUC